AUGGCUCCGGUGGGACUGCCUCCUGGUUUUAGGUUUCACCAUACCGAUGAGGAGCUCGUCAACUAUUACUUGAAAAGGAAAAUUCAAGGCAUCGAAAUCGAGCUCGACAUUAUUCCGGAAGUCGAUCUCUACAAAUGCGAGCCGUGGGAAUUGGCAGAGAAAUCUUUCUUGCCUAGUAGAGAUCCCGAGUGGUACUUUUUCGGGCCAAGGGACCGAAAGUACCCGAACGGGUUCAGGACGAACAGGGCGACUCGGGCCGGUUACUGGAAAUCGACAGGGAAAGAUAGGCGAGUGAAUAGCCAAAAUCGAGCCAUAGGCAUGAAGAAAACACUCGUGUAUUACAGGGGAAGGGCCCCACAGGGAAUAAGGACCGAUUGGGUAAUGCAUGAAUAUAGGCUCGACGACAAGGAAUGGGAGGACACGACCGGCCUCCAGGUAGUGUUUAUAUCGUUUUGUUGUUUUAUAUAUGUUUCUCAAUAUUAA